CUAAUCAAAUUAAUUUCGGUAUAAUUGAAAUCGAUUACCUGCACUUAAAACUAUUUGUCUAUUUUAAAAUGUGCAACGAAAACAAUGAAGACAAUUUAAGUAGGUAUAGGUACCCAUUAUUAUCAAUCGUCUACAAUACCGAACUCGCGCACAUCAUUUGUUUAUAAUUAUUUCAUAAUAAGGUAAGCAAAGUUAAAUUUUUUUUUUUACAAAUUUAUAAUAUAUCAAAGCGAUUUGAUGUAGGCAAUUAUCGGUAAAGCGUUUUAUAGGCCACAGAGUUUAAAUCAAAUUUUUAACAAAAUGAUAUAGGCAAUGUUAAAUAAAAUGACCUAAAUAACGUGAGGAAUUUAUUGGGUGUACAUUUUUUUUUUUUUUUUAAAAUUAUAUUAUGUUUAUUAUACGUUCCUAAGUAGGAGGUAUACUUACAUGGCUACUUAUUAUUUGUAGAUUUUCUUUUCAUAUUUUACUAUGUGCCUACUUAAAGGCAAACAUGUACAAGAUUUAACGGCAAUUUUUCAUUGAGUAAAAUACAAUAAGUAAAGUAUAAAACAAUCUUAUAAACUUAAAAUAAAUUGUUUCUAAAUCUAAAACAAAUCUAUAGCUAUAUACUUAAAGAUUUCUAUCAUCUAAAAGUUAGGUAUAAAUUACAGUAUUCUGCGCUAAAUUAAAACAUGAUAACUGAAGAAGAUAGGUAGUUUAAAAUUAAAAUGUUUUAUGAUUUUUUGUCCAUAUACUUUAUAAUUAUUUUUUGCAAACUGAAUUUUUAUCAGUGACAGAGUUUUGAAAAUACUGCGAAAUUUACAAUGAAGUCGGUUCGAAUCAAACAAACCUAUACGUUUUAAUUUAAAAAUGCAUGCAGUCCUACAUAAUUAUUAAUUAUUAUUUUUAUUGUACACGUGUUUUUUCUCUAACUAUUUAUGUAUAAUUAAUAGUUCACAAUUAAUGAUGAAAAUAAUAUUGUCAACCACAAUAUGCCUGCUCCUGCAGUGGCUUAUAUAGAUUUUUAACGAUUUAUUUAAAUUAUUGCACUUUUCAAUUAUAUGUAUAGGUAUAAUAAAACCUAUAAUUUAGUUUACGUUUUUACUAAUACAUUUGUUUACGGUUUACCUAACCUUAGGAAUUUUUAUUUUCGGAUCGAAUUUUAAUUGCCAUGGCUAUAUUAUGUAAUAUUCUGUUUAUCCGGAACAGCCAAAGUUAUACCUAUCCAUAAGUACCUAAACAGAUAAAUAUUCGGUUUUAGGCAAGUUAUUUUUUGUCAGCUUUGUCUAUGAUACGGUCCAAAACACAUUGCGAAAAUCUUUGCUAUCUGUUUAUUUUAUACGUAUUAAUCUUGAUAAAACCGUAUAGUUUACGAAUAUCAAACAGAUAAAAAGCCCGUUAUUGUCGAUAUAGUUUAGGUACACAACUAACGGAUAAAGGUGCCUGCGGAAUCGGAAAAACAUGAGAAAUCUCCGGCGAUGAAAAAAUAUUAAAAACUUUGGUAGGCAAUUUUAAUUGGAUUAAAAUUGGAUUAAACAAUUAUUAUUGGAGUAAGGUAACAAUUUAAUAUACCUAUGAAUUAUCGCUUUGUUAGGCACCCGAUGACGUGAAAUAAUAAAUCGACUGUAUAUAAACCUGCAAAAUGCAAAGUAAUACAAAAAUAAAACCGAAUCAUUAUAUAAAUAAUAAUAAUUCAAUUAUAAGCACGUAAUCUCACUGGAAUCGUAUAAGUAUACGUAUACAGAAUGAUUCGAAUGAUUUUACCAAUUUAAAUCUGAAUCUUUUCAAAAUAGAAGUGUUGAUAAUAGGGUAGAUAUUGUCGAUUUCAUACAAUAGGGAAAAAAUAAUAUUUGAAACCGAAAUUAUCCGCUUUUCAAAUCUAAUCCGAAAUCAUCCUAAAUCUAUGUAUAUAUAAAUGAAUCCCUAUUUUCCUUGGUCAUCGCAUUACGUGAGAACAAUUUGGAUGGUAUUUAAGUUGUGGCAUCAGUGCAGUCACUGACAAACUUUCGGUUCAUUUUUAUACAUAAUACAUAGAGAUUACACUAGAGAUACACAAGAGACCGGAUUUAUAUUCUCAUAUAAUCCACAAAAAGGCGCUUUAAAACAUCAAAAAAUCUUUGAAAAAAGCAUUUACAAACAUUUAAAAAAGCAAAAAUGAUGGAGGAGUUUAAAAGUCCACUCACUAAUGGUUCUAACUUAUUUAAUUUACUUUCUUAACACUACAAAAUUUAUUUAUACAAAAUAAUUUCUUUUAAAUAAAAAUGUGCUUACUAUAAAAAAAAAAAAAAAAAUACUUUUUAUUAAUCAUUUUUGUGGUUCUAGAAAAUUACAUUUAUAAAUUAAAUUCGUUAAAGGGGGGGGGGGGGGGAAUAUUAAAACCUUUUUAUUAUUUUUCCCUUUUUUUUUAGUGAUUUUUCAAGGCUUUUUGACGUUUUCAAGUAUUUUUUGUGAAUUUUAGGAAUAUAUCCGAUCUCUAAUCAUGACAAUAGACUUAUUAAUUUUGUAUUAAUAUAAAUUGUGUACAUAAAGGUAUAAAAAAAACGCCGUGCUAUCUGCAAGUGACGAUUAUAAUACAGUACACGCCCUCAACCACUCCCGAGCGUCCCUACUCCCCGUUAGGUUAGGCUUUAUUUCCUUCGAAAUCUCUUCCCCUCUAGAAUUCAAUGUUUAGAUAUUUUAGACGAAAUAUUAUGUACAAAAUAGUUAAAAAUAUGCAACAAAAAUGGAACGUCGACGUUUUAUUUGCAUUAAAAAUGCAAAAAAAGUAUUGUGACUUUUUUUCAAUGCAUAUAAUAAUUCCAGUAUAAUAUAUAUUUUUUUCAUUAAUAAAACAACUCUAAAAUUAAUAAAUUUUAAUAGGUACAUUAUAUUAUAUUUAAAUUGUGAAUGAAAUAUGAUUGUCAUUUGAUAUUAUUAUUGAUUUGAAUACAAAAUAUUUAAAUAUCCAUUAGUAAAUUAGUAAAUUAAUACAAUUCAUUUUUUUUAUAAAUGUUGGGAAUUUAAAUUUUAAAUCAAUAAACAGUUAACAAUUUUACUCGAUAAUAAUAAGUUUUGUAUAAUCCAACGUGGAAUUUUCAAUUUCAAAUGAUCGAACAAAAUAUUUAAAAUGAACGACAUUUUCAAAAACAAAGAUUACAAAUAUAUGAAAAUUAAGCAAUAUAAUAUGUUUAGACGUAGUAUUCUUAUUGCCCCUUACAUGGCACAAAUUUUAUUUAAAAAUAUAUAAACUAUGAAAAACAAAACCGACGUUUAUUGUAUAGGUAUUAAUAAUAUUAUUAUUUAUUAAUGUUUUAGUCAAUAUUUUAGAUGGUAAAUCAAUAGUUCUGGCUCGAAAAUGAUGGACGCGUCUCAUAACAUGAACGACACACAAUAUGAAUUUUCACAAUUUUUAACCAGAGAGCUUAAGUCCGGUCAGUUCAUUAAAAAAUUAUAUUAUCAGCGCGUUUCACGGUAAAUAAAAAAAUAAUAAAUAUAUUAUAUUCGCAUUUUUAUUGACCAAAACGAUAAUAUAGGUACUUAUCUAUUAUCUAAUAGAAUUAAAAGAUGACGUUCAGUGUCCAUAAAAUUGUCGGUAUAAAAACCGUUGCAUAAGGGGUAUAAAAUCGGGUUAAUCUUGACUCUUAAUAUUAAGAAAUCGAAUUUUAACCUUUGAAAAGGAAAAUGAGAACUUCGUAAUGUUCAUUAUAUCUGUUGGCUACAAAAAAUGCGAAACAAAUUAUUUAUUAUUAUUUUAAAAUCUGAUCUAUUCCGAUCAGUAAUGGUCCACGUUCUUAUAAUAACAUUUAAGAGACCGUCAUAAUGACCUUCGCCAUCUUUUUCUUUCUAUCGGGCAAUAGGCAUAGCAAAUAUUAUGUGUUCGCGUAAAACAACCGAAAAUAUCUUUAAAGUCGGUCCUGAGAUAAAAUAUCUGUAUUAAAAUGAGUUGGAUGGUAAUAUUUUUAAGACAACCUCGUCGGUUGUUUUUAAAAACAUUAAUUAUUCAUUAAGUUACAGUUAUUUUACAAAAAUUGUAAAAUACGAUUUUUUUGUACCUUCGAUAAUGAGUUGAAUAUUUUGUAGAUUUGUAAAACGAGGUUGUCUUUAAAAUGUUUGUUAUCUGCACAUUUUAUAAUUGGCGCUUUAUAUUAUCUCUAAAACCGAUCAUUAAGGUAAUUCCGUUUGUUUUCACUCGAACACAUUUUUGCUAAUAUUUUUUUUUUUUUUGUCAAAUAGACCGAUGAGACGAUAAAAUUGCUACCGUGACGGCAACUUGUUAACACCACAAGUGAUUUUUGCUUGCGCGAGACCGCUUUUUUCCACGGUGAACCUUUUAGUUUAUUUUAUUAUUACACAAUAAAUACGUUUUUUGAUACAAGACUAUACAAUAUAUAUAUUAUACCUACUUCUAAAUUUAUUUAAAAAGUUAAUUGGGUAAUUAUUGUUGAGUUGAUAAAUUUAUAUUUAUUUUUUUCGAAAAUCCCGUUCGAUUAUGUUUACAUAAACCCUUUAAUAAGUGUUCUACCAAAAUCCCUGACAAAAAAAUGUCCAGAGGUAAAAAAAAAAUACUUAUAUAAUUAUAAUUUAUAAAUAUAAAUAAUAAAUUAAAUACAAUUUUAAUACGUAAUAAUAAUAUUAAUAGGUAUAAUAAUCGUUUUAAUUUUGGUCUUAAAUAAAAGUAAUAAAAAUGAAAAUUAUAAAAUAUAGUAUUCUACUCUACUAUAUACAGUUUAAUUAAAUUUAAGGAUAUGCAUUUCAAAAAGUUUUCGUACAUUUAUUUUUUGGUGGUUCGAUAUUUUCCUUUUGACCUAUUUUGCUCUGGUCAAUCCUCAACGCCAACCGCAUUUUUUCAAUUAACAGCUGAGUAGGAAUGUGAAAAUAAUUUGGAAAACAUAAGAUUCCACCCUUCAGUUUAUUCGUUAGUUAUCUAGCUAUUCCUACAGUAUACAAGCCGGACAUUUUUACCUACAACCCCUUAAAUACGGUCUGUAUCACGUCAUUUUAAUAAUAAUUAUUAUUGCACCUAGAAUAAUUUAAAUAAACACCUACAUAUAUUUGUGUGUAUAGGCAGUGCGAUUGACUCGUGGUUGUUUGUUAGCUCACCGUGGCCGAUAUGCACGAUCUUAGCGGCCUACUUGACGUUUGUAUUCGAAAUAGGCCCGAGAUUAAUGAAAAAACGCGAACCGAUUAACAUUAAAUACAUAAUGCUAGUCUACAACCUAAUGCAGAUCGUAUUUAAUAGUACUGUUUUAAUUUACGUGAGUACAAUAAAUAAUAUUAUGAUUUAUUAACGGCUGACAAACACUCAGAUUAAAUGUAUUUAUUAUAAUAGUUUAUUAUUACAAACGGACAAGUCAAAUUAAAAGUAAAAUAAAUUAUUAAAAUAUAGUUAAAUAAUGUACCGGUAAUUUGGAUAACAAUGCAGAAAAGUGGGAUGGGUAUUAACAAAACGAGGGAGGCGGUCCAUGGGGGCAUUUAAAAGUAUAUUGGAAGAUAUAUUUUAUUGGAGGAUGUGAAAGGAAACAGAAAAACGAGUGUGACGUGUAGAUAUGCGGAAAUUAAUUUCAGAAAGAAAGGUAGAGGGAGUUAAUUUAGUUGGAUAAUAGUUUAGAGAGGAAUUGAAUGUUCGAUCUGAAAGAAUAGGAAGGCCUAGCGCAAUCAGGAUUGACUAAUAGUUGUGAAGGAACCAAAGUAUAUAUUAAGCCUGUAGGCGACCAUCCGCAGAAACUUUCUCUGGAACAUUUCCUAACUUAACCAGUAUAUAGCUAUUGUAUUGAAUAUGUAGAUUUCUAUGUAUAUUUUUAAUUUAAUAACUUGAUUUUUUUUUUUUAAGUUUAAUCACAAAUUAGUAUGAUAUUUAGUAUUACAACGAUAUUUUUUUUUAAAUACAUUUUACCUGUCUGUAAACGACUUUUCUACUAGCAAUCUUGGUCCGAUUUUCAUUCAAAGCAUAUUUCUGAAAUGAAAAUGCAGCUUUUUGAUAUAUUAAUAAGUAAUUUUUAUAGUUUCCUUGUAGUUUUCAUAAUAAUUUGAAGAAAAUUAGGGAAAAUGGAAAAGUUUACAAUUUCAGUACUUUUGAUUUUGUUUUUUGUUGCAAUUUGGUUAUAAUAAUAAUCCUACUAUCCUGCAGUGGUGGUCAAAUGAUUUGUCACGGGGGGGGGGGGAUAAUUUUAAUUUUUAAGAAUUAUUAUUAUUUACACAAUCUUUUUUUAUAUCUACAAAGAUUUAAUAUAAUAUACAGGGUUACAUUUUAACAACACUCAUAGCUCACCCCAUUUGUAUGGUUAACAAUUUACCUUCCUCUUUUUCUCACAAAAAUGAGAAAAUCUUAUUGAAGCAAUUAUAUAUAUAAAAAAAUUAUCUAUAAAUUAAUUUUUUAAUUAAACUGAUUAUUACUAAUAAUAAAUUAUACUGCGUAUAUUUACGAACAUUUUGUUUCUAAAUUAAUAGGACUUUUAAUUGAUUUUUACUUUCUAUUGGCAUUUUAAUUUGAAUUUACAGAUUAAAUAUACGUGGAAUUACCUGUGAAUAUAACGUAUAUUUAUUGCAGAAUAAUUUAUUUUGCUUAUCGAAACUGCAGGGAUUCCUUUACAGCUAGAAAAAUUCCUAUUGAAUAUUUCCUUUUCAAAAAUGCUGAAGAGAUCCCACAUUACUAUUAAAUAUUAUUGUUGUCAAAUGUAUAUUUUAAUAUAGGGAAUUUACAUUUUAGCUGUUGGCUACACCGGGUGUACCUAAUUAUAUAUGGAACCAUUCGUGUCAUCCUGAUCGUUCGGGCGCCAAAAACCACAUAAUAUACCAGGUGAGAUACACCAACAUUGUUUUUAAUGAUUAAAAUAUAAACUAUAUAAGUAGAUGUUAUAAAAUAUGAUAAUAUUACCACAAAUGUUAACAAUUUAAAAUAUUAAGACAAUUAGGAAAUUAUCUUAUUGUCAAGUAUGUAAGUACCCUAACAGCACAUUCCAAGAAGGCCUAAGGACGGUCUCUAUGGACUCGGUCACCGGACUAUAACGUGCGCUUGUUCUAAUGCCAAUUGUAUAAUUUCCUUACCAUAUUAGGAAUAAUCAAAAUGUACGGUAACACUUAUACAAAGUCCAUUAUAGACUUAGUCUUUUUAGUUUAAUAAAAUUCUUGCAUAAUGAGUGUUCACGAUUAGUUAUUUUUGUAAUGUUUAAAAAAAUCAUUUUUUGUUUAAUUUUGUCACUAUUGUAUAGUUUCACAGUUCGUCAUGGUAUUUUUCCGUAUCUAAAAUCAUAGAUUUAUUGGACACGGUAAUAAAAAGUUAUUUUUUAUAAUUAUGAUUCACAAUACACUGUAAUACAUUUUUUUUUUUUUUAUUUAGGUAUUUUUCGUUUUGAGAAAAAAGCAAUCACACAUAUCAUUUUUACAUGUCUAUCAUCAUGUGAAUAUGGUUAUCACCUGUUUUCUUCAUCUCAGGUUUAUUAAAAGUAAGAUAUACUGAAAUAUUGAGAAUGUUCGGUAUACAUACUAGGUGAUUCAUUUAAGUGAGUACACUCAUUAUUUCAGAAAGUAUUAAACUUUUCUGAAAUUUAUUUUCUAAAACAUUGAAAAAACAAUCAGGUCUAGAAUUUUAUAUUUAUGUUACUUUUUGCCACCUUUAUUUUGAAAGGUAAAACUAUUACCUACUUUUGAUUUUAAAAUAGCGAUCUAUAUUAAAUAUUCCAGAAUAAUAAAUUGAGUAUUAGUUAAAAUAAAUUUUAGUACUGAAAUUUUUGAGCCGUUGACGAGAUAUUCCACUUUUAAGUUUUGGUUGAAGGCGUGUAGUGGAGUAUCAUUUAUGUGGUGAUACAGCGCGCGGCGUCUUAAUAAUACUCCACUACACUUCUCCAAGCCAUACUUAGAAGUGGAAUAUCUUGUCAACGAUUUGACAAAAAUCAAAAAUGUUAACACUAAAAUGUAUUUUAACUGAUACGUACUCCAUCUAUUUAUGGCAUUUUUAACAUAUAGGUUGCCUUUCGAAAAUCAAAAGUAGGCAGUGGUUUUACCUCCCAAAAUAAGGGCGACAAAAAAUAACAUAAAUAUAAAAUUGUAGAGCAGCUUAUUUCUUAAAUGUUCUAAAAAAACACUUUAAUGGAUCACCUGGUAUGUAUGAGUAAGUUAUCUUAAUUCUUUGUUGGAAAUUUGGUUUUUGUUCACGGUAGGUGAAAUAUUUUAGUUUAUUUAUAAUAAUUAUACAAUAAAUACUGACACAAGAUUGCUAAUAAUAAAUCUUUUUGAUAGUGAGUUUGAAUAUUAGAUUCUGAGUGUAGCGAAAAAUGUAUUGGUUUUACUAAGAUGAUUUUUUUUUUUUUUUUUUAUCCUGUGUACAAUAAUUCAACCAUAAAUCUUGCUCAGAUAUAUACGCGCGGCACAAUUUUUGAAAGGAAAUGUUAUCUAGAUGGUACUUUUAGGAGGUCACUUUUUGAUUUUUCAAGCGGUUUUUAUAAUAUCUAGGAAAAACUAGGAUAAAAUGUAAGAAAAACGGGAAAUUUAUGAAAUUAAUGCUUUCAUUAUUUUAUCAAUUAUGUUAUUUGUUUUAAUUCAGUUAAAAAUAUUCGUAGAGAUUGGAAAUUUGGACAGAAAAAUUAUAUUUGCCUUUUAUAGACGUGGUAAAAUUGUUGAGCUAUUUAUAGACAUUUUAUUUUGCGAGUUUUGUACAUAAUUUUUAUUCGGUAGGUACUCUGUGGUAAACUUGUUAGACUUAAUAGAAAUGCUUGAAAAUUUAAUAGGAGGUUCAUUAAAUCCUUUGUUGUAAAAAAAAAAAAAAUGAGUUUAAUGUAGUAUUUGUUUUUAUAAAGGAAUUUUGAUACUAUAUUUUGACGAAAAUUGUUUGAGUAAAAAUUAUGUGGAACAAAUCUAAUUUUUCAAUUUUUUUUUUUCGAACACAUGUGUAUUGCUGAUUUAAGAAGGAUGGUAAAGUCAGAAUUGAGCGGACUGAUUAAAUUUCGAAAUUAUAACUUUUUGGAGUUCAGAUAUAUGCAGAUAUUACAUGUUUAUGUUAAAUAACUUUACAUUGCCCAUUUUAACAUAUGUUUGUUGUAGUAGAAUGUUCAUGAAUUCUUAAUGUCAUACUAGGGAUCGUAGGUUCCAACCCGGGGUUUGGUAAGACAUUUUUUGAACUUUUUUUUCCUUUCUAUCUUAAUAGAGAAAAAACAAAAGAAUUUUAAGAGAAUUUUAGAGACUUAGUCAUCGUUCGCUCGAACGAUUUUAAUCGAAAACCCCUCGAUUUGUUGUGCAAAUUUAUCUACCAAAAAUUGGUCCCAUGUAUCAAGUAUAGCUUAUUUUCUGAAAGGAAAUAUUAUCUUCAUGAUUUAGGGAGGUCAUUUUUGUGAUUUUUCAAUUGAUUUUCAUAAUAAUAGGAAAAAACCGAGAUAAAUGUCGGAAAAAUAGAAAAUGUACGAAAUGUAGAAAUGUAUUAGUAAACAAAUAUUAUGGCCUUUUUUUUUCUGUGUACAACUUUUCUACCAGCAAUUUUGCUCCGAUUUACAAUGAUCGCAUUUUAUCUGAAAGUAAAUCUGACUUAGAAGGUAUUUUAGGGAAGUCAUUUUUCGAUUUUGCCAAGAGUUUUCUUAGCAAAUGUGAUAAUCCGGGAAAAAACAUUGGAUAACCGAGAAAAACGCAGGAAAAAUGGGAAAAUCGAUACAAUAUUAAAUAAAUAUUAUUAAAGAAAUUAUAUAAUGUCUAUUUAAUUAUUUUACCAUAAUAUGACAUAUAUAUAUAUUGUUGAUAAAGCAUCACUAUCAACUGAACUCCGCUCAGAAUCGUUUUUUCAAAUAUUUCAUAGUUAUUUCAAAUUUUCAAAUUCAACACAAAAUUUACGAUUAAUUCAACGGACCAUAAAAUUUACUAAGUUUUCUCAGAUUAUUUUGAUAUCCAUUGCCCAGACUUUUUAUAUUGAUAGGCACUCGAUCGUUAUGCGGUUUUUUUUUCGAAUCAUAGUAUAUAAAAUAUAAUAAAUUUCAAAAUGAAAACAUAUUACAAUACAUUUUGUUGUUUUUAAUUUGACGAAAAUAAUGUUGUUCUGUCUUUGGAGGCAUAUUAUCAUACUGUACAUGGUAUAUCGCUAUUAUACUACCCGCUGUUUUAUAAUAGGUUGAUUCAAAUUUUCCGCAGAUUAUUUUUUAAUUAUCAACAUGUUGUUUGCUGCCGCUUUUUAAUAUGUCGAUCAUAUGGAAUCAUACCACGUUAUGACUUUACUGGAUCUCUAGGUGCACCAAAAAUGCAUUUGUUUUUCCUUUAUUACCUAUCCGACGUGGUUUUGCACAAAAAAUCGUAGGUUUUUCAUUUAAAUCAAUACGAGCAAGCACAACGAUUGAAUGACCUCGCUGGGCCCCUAGAAGCACAAAAUAUUAAAAAUCGGCAAUAAACGUGUUGAUAGCUAAAAAGCAAAAUAAAUUCGACGGCAAAUUUGAAUCAAUCAGAAACCAACGGGUCAUGUAACAUUGCACAGUAUGUUUAUACACAAACUGGAGUACCGGUAAAACUCUCGAAAAUACAUUUUUGCUUUGUUAGCAAUAACUUGUUAGAAAGACAAAUAUGGUAAAUGUAACUGUGACGUCCUCCUUAAUACAAUAUCUAAUUUAAAUGUACGAUUAUAAUAAUUUUUACCAAAGUGUAUGAUUUACAGGCGAAAAUGCCGUUUACGGUACCAUUGUUAAUUCGUUUGUUCACGUGGUUAUGUAUAGUUACUAUUUCCUGACCGUACUCGGACCGAACAUGCAAAAAUAUUUAUGGUGGAAGAAAUAUUUGACCCGUAUACAAAUUGUGAGUGUAUGAACGUAUUUCAUGUAUAGAUCACUCAACAAUUAUUUUAUUUGUUUUGUAAUUUACAGGUACAAUUUUUAUUCGGUAUAUCAUACUGCGUAAGCCUAUUCGCGUUUAAUUGCACUUUUCCUAAAUCGUUCAUAGCUUACAUAUUGGCCGACGUGGCCGUAUUUCUUUUUUUAUUCGUUAAAUUCUACAAAAAAACGUACAAACGAAGAGAAAAGAUUUAAUGAAAACAAGCAGAGACAUAAUAUCUUAAAGUGUAUUGUUUAUGUGUUAAAUUUAUUUAAUUUACUUACACUGAAAUUUUUGAAAUUUUAUAUUGUUGGUACUUAAUGCUAAUAUUUAUUUAAUGUUUUUAUACAUUUUGUGUACCAUAGUAUCAAUUAAAUAAUCAAAACAGAUUAUAAUUAUAAUUGACAUAAAUGAGUAGAUAUUCAAAUAACUUGAUAGCGAAAAAUUUCAUCAUUGAAUACUCCAAUUCUCGUCCGAUCACUGAAGUUAAGUAACGUCGGAUGUAGUAGUUAGUACUUGAGUGACCGCUUGGGGACACUACGUGCCGUUAGCAUUAUUUUACUUCUUAUUUUUUUAAAAUUAUUUUGAUUUUUUCAAUAUAACAGUCUUCAUGGUUUCAUAA